CAACAGCAGCACCAGCAGCUCUAGAUGUUGAUGCAAAGCCAGGAGCAGACUCCCACAUGCUCGGAGAGAGAAGAGGCUCCAAAGACAGGCAGCUUUUAUCCCAGUGCAAAGUCCAGCCUUCCUGAGAUCAUCCAGGAACAGCUCGGCCAGAACGCUUAGAUCUCACUCUUCUCAUUUGGUUAUUGUUAAUUUGCCUUUCAACUCAUCGUUCGUUAAACCUCCUCCCUUCCAGCGCGCUCUUUCAUGGCUCCCUUAGCCGAAGUUGGGGGCUUCCUAGGCGGCUUGGAAGGGUUAGGGCAGCAGGUGGGCUCCCAUUUCCUGCUGCCUCCUGCCGGGGAGAGGCCGGCUCUGCUCAGCGAUCGCCUGGCUCAGGCCGAGAGGGGGUCUAGAGGUGGCGGAGGUGCGGCGACUGGGACUGCGGAUUUAGCCCAUUUGCAGGGCAUCCUACGCCGGAGGCAGCUCUACUGCCGGACGGGCUUCCACCUGCAGAUCCUGCCCGAUGGCAGCGUGCAGGGCACCAGGCAGGACCACAGCCUCUUCGGUAUCCUUGAAUUCAUCAGUGUGGCAGUGGGACUGGUCAGUAUUAGAGGAGUGGACAGUGGCCUUUAUCUUGGAAUGAAUGACAAAGGAGAACUCUAUGGAUCUGAGAAACUAACUUCUGAAUGCAUCUUCAGAGAACAGUUUGAAGAGAACUGGUAUAACACUUAUUCUUCCAACGUGUACAAACAUGGAGACUCGGGUCGGAGGUAUUUUGUAGCACUUAACAAAGAUGGUACUCCCAGAGAUGGGGCUAGAUCCAAAAGACAUCAGAAAUUCACACACUUCCUACCCAGGCCAGUGGAUCCCGAAAGAGUUCCAGAACUCUACAAAGAUGUGUUAGGAUACAGUUGAAAUGGGACAGAGUGUUUGAAAGGAAACCAAAAUAAAACCCAUUCUUUCCUACCACAGCUUCCAGGGUAAGACAAGCAGGAAGAACUUUCAAAUGCUGCAGAGUUACCAGGCUCUAGGAAAGUGGAUUUUAACAAGCUGUUUAGUGAUAGCCUCCAUUUCCUAAUGUUUGGAUACAGGAGACAAAGCCUUAAAGUUAAGAGUGGACCAGCCUCUUUGAAGUUUUCUGACCCUGUUGCUGGCCAGUAGACAGUGGGAGGUUGGAGUCUGAUUUAUUUUAAAAUACCAAACUCAUGCCUAACUUGUCUGGAUUACUUAUUAUCCAUAAACUAGAGAAAAAAUAACUACCUAAAUCAUAUGGAGUGGGACAAUAAACAGAAAGUUGGACGAAAUGGUAAGAAAUAGGCUGUAAAACAGCAAUUAAGCCUGAGAACCAUAU